ACAGUCUCUCUUUCCGUUUAGUUGUACAGAGUGUACACACUUAUAGUUUGUUACCGCUUGGCAUUUAAUAGUUAAAAAUGACCAAGGGUACUUCCAGCUUUGGUAAACGUCGUAAUAAGACUCAUACGCUGUGUCGUCGAUGCGGCCGGUCUUCAUACCAUAUUCAGAAGCAUACUUGCUCGCAGUGUGGUUAUCCAUCGGCAAAGAUUCGAUCGUACAACUGGUCGAUUAAGGCUAAGAGGAGGAAGACCACUGGAACUGGUCGUAUGCGCUAUCUGAAGAUAGUUCGCCGUAAGUUCCGCAAUGGAUUCCGUGAAGGACAAGUCGCUAAGCCACGUAAAGCCACUGCAUAAGAAUGUAAUUGUCGAAAUGCAUAGGUAAUCAAUAAAAUGUUGGUUUCGCAAA